GCACUCAGCCCACUCCAAUCCGAUGAGGUGCAGGAUGCCGGAACCGCACUCCUUCACGAGGCUGAGGAGCUGGCAGCUGCAGCGUGCCGGGGUGACCCGGCGCCCGGCCUGGCAGUAUCGGCCCGGGAGGGUUGUUGCGUGGCCUUCUGGACCCGGACCCCCAGCACUGGCUCCGUGGAUGCUGCUUCCUGGCACGGCGGCGCGGCCGUGCGUGGCGAAGGGAAGGGGAAGUGGACCCUUCAGAAGUUCAGGGAGGCGCCCGAAAGACGAGAGUGCUGCGCUGAGGCCUUUGCCCGAAGCCAUGGAACUCUCUGCUUGCCCAAUACAUCUGCCGGAGUCCGCUUCGUCGAAGGCGACCCGGCUUUGCCGCCUCCGGCGCCAAAGCGAACCGGGCGUGCCGAUGUC